UCUCUCUCUAUCUCUCUCUCUCUCUCUCUCUCUCUCUCUCUCACUCCGCUCUAUCCUCCUCCUUCACGCUCAGAGCGAGCAGGCUGCCACACGACCCACACUGCCUGCUAUGUGAUCUCUUGGAAAACAUCGUUUCGUGUCUUUCUGUGCUCUUUGAUGAUGCUGAACCCUUAUUUACAUUGUGAUCUGACAGGCGAGGAAAGAUGCCUUCGCAACAACCCUGACUCCUUUCUCUUCCUUAUGCUCCCCCCUCCCUUCACCUCAUCUUCUUCCCCCUGACCCUUCCCUGACUCCCCUCUCCUUUACCCCUUUCUGAACCUCCCUUUCCUUAAACCCCCUGUUCUCCCUUUCACUUCUCACCCCCUUGACAAUGUUCUCAUGUGUUCGCUGGCUUCAGCCUUUCCUUGCCUUGCUCUCCUCUGCCUUAGUCACUUGGGGUCAAAACUGUCCAUCCAGCUGCAUGUGUCCAGAUCAUCACACCGUGGACUGUACCGGUCGGGGGCUAACCCGUUUACCAGAUUCCUUCCCUCUGGACACACGGAGGCUCAUUUUGUCCAAUAACUGGAUACCUGGGAUCCCCUCAGAUUUCUUAGUUCUCUACAGUGAUCUGGUGUACCUGGACCUGCGGAAUAACUCUCUGACCAGGCUGGAGCCAGGGACGCUGACCAGCUCAUCCAGGCUCGUCUACUUGGACCUGGGAAGCAACAACUUAACUGAGAUCCCCUCUGGGACUUUUGGAGAAUCCCGCAGCCUGAUCAAGCUUCGUCUGGGUAACAACCCCUUUUUGACCAUGGUGAGUGAGGGCGCCUUUUCAGGCCUCACUUCCUUACGAGAGCUGGAGCUGGAGAAGAAUGGCCUCUCUGGCCUGGAUGUCAGAGUGUUGAGCCAGCUGCCUUCCUUGAGAGUAAUACGUCUGGAGGGGAACCCCUGGGUGUGCAAUUGUCAUUUUGCCAAUUUUUUUUUCUGGCUGAACGAAAAUCGUCACAAGCUCUCAUCUGGACUGGAGGGAAUGGAGUGCUCACUCCCAAUGGACGGACAGCAGAUCUCUCUAAACAUGCUUUCUGAAGAGAGCUUCCGGGAAUGUCGAGGAGUAUUGUCUCUUAAAGACUAUCUCAUUGUUAUUUUCUCUGGGAUCUGUAUAUCAGUAGCUGCCAUUAUUGCCAGCUUCUUCUUGGCCUCCAUCAUCCACUGCUUCCAGCGACUUAAAACCAAGAGGACAGAUGAGGAGGAGGGGGACGAGUGAGCUUCAUCAAUGCUUCAGAGCAUGGUCCUUGACAGAUUCACUACUACUGCACCUCAGUUUGGAUGACGGGUGGAGCGCCAUGUGUCCAUAUAAAAAGUCCCCAGAUUAAUAUAUUUUAGUGAGUAAGGUGAGGCUGAAUAAGCCACUAUAUGUUCAGUGACUCACAACCUCUUUGAAUGAUGCAAAAUGUCGGAGCACUUUUAUACUUGAAUAGAAAUUAUUCAACCAAGCCUUAAAAUGUAAACUGUUCUAGUAAAAACACUGCAUAAAUGUGUUCCAGGUUCCUGUAUUCAGGCUGUUAAAUACUGAGGUACUGAGCAAAAUCAUUCAUAGCAUAUUGUCACUGACUUGCUAUUUUAUGUAAAUCAGCAAGGUAAUGAACAGUUACUGUUUUUUUGUUUGUUUGUUUUUUGUUUUUUGUUGUUGUUUUUUCUUGCUGAUGUGGAAUUGAAUCUCGCUGAAAACUAGUAAGGUUUGUGAACUUGCACUUUAAGAUAGAUGAUAUAUUGCACAUAAUCCCAGUAAGCCAUAAAGUAGGCUGUCAUAUUGACUCAGGUCACCAAAGAAUUUCCUAGAAAUGAGUAUUUUGUUACUGAGACUGGAAUGCGUGGGUGAGGGAUUGAGAUACAGUGCCCUCCAAUAAUAUUGGCACCCUUGGUAAAUAUGAGCAAAAAAAGGCUGUGAAAAAUUGUCUUUAUUGUUUAACCUUUUGAUCUUUUCACAAAAAUACUCUACUCUCAUGAAUAUCAAACAAUUGCAAACACAACACAGGUUUAUAAAAAAAUCUUUAUUAAAUAUAGAUGUGCAACAAUUAUUAGUGGAGAGGAGAGAGUGAUGUAACCAAUUCAGGAGUGGAGAUUAUUAGGGGGUCAUGAUAAAGAAGGGCCAAUGGGGGAAUUCCACCAGGACACCGGGGUUAUACCCUUAGUCUUUAUUAGAAAUGUCCUGGGAUUUUUAAUGAACACAGAGUGUUAGGACCUCAGUUUAACAUCUCAUCCAAAAGACGUGCUGUUUUUACAGUAUAAUGUCUCCGUCACUAUACUGGGGCAUUAGGCCCCACACAGACCACAUGGUGAGCACCCCCUGUUGGUCUCACUAAUACCCCUUCCAGCAGCAACCUUAGUUUUCCCCAGGAGGUCUCCCAUCCAGGUACUGGCCAGGCUCAACCCUGCUUAAGCCUAGUUCACACUACACGAUUUUAAGCCCGA